AUUCGAUAUAAUUAUUUCCAGCACUAUGGUCUCAGCCUGGGGAACAGCAGCCUCCGAGAUGGAGAGCGAGGCGGAGUUACACAGGGGUUUAGCCACAUCUUUUCAAGAAGAUAUCUACAAACCUUUGAAAGUUCUGUCAGAAACACAGUAUAAGAUAAGAAAACCUAUUGAAAACAUGGUAGAUAAGGCAGCUAAAGGACUGCUGAACAGGAGAGAAGAGGAGCAAAAGAUGCGAAAGCAUGCCUUCUCCUGCUGUAAAGAGACAGAAAAACUCAGUGAACAGUUACAGGACGCCAAGGCUGGGAAAAGCAAGCAAAUGUCAGACAAAGAUAUAACAAAGCUGGAGAAGAAAUGUAGGAGUGCCUCCACAUCACUAGCUAAGGCAGACACUGAGUACCACGAGUCUUUCCAGAAAGCAGAGGUGGCGAGACAAGAGUGGGAGGCAGAGGUUUAUAAUGGCAGUUCGCAGAUGCAGAAAUUAGAAGAGGAAAGGAUAUCACAAAUGUUAGAAUAUUUACAAAAAUAUCAGAAUAGCUUAGCUGAAAUAGGGCCCAAAUUAAUACAAAUUUGUGAUCGUCUCCGUGAAGCUGUGUUGGUGGUGGAUGUCCAGAGAGACCUUGCCACAGUGGUUGACCAGAAGGGGACAGGACCACACCAGCCUGAACAGCUGUUAUUUGAAAGCUAUGCAGAAGAUUUUAACAAUACUAUGAACCCAGAGAGAAGACGGAAGGCUUUAACCAACUACUUAUUAUAUUUACAACAAGAUGUAGAACGAGAGAAAAAAGGAAGAGAAGGGGUAGAGAAGUUAUUAGAUGUGUACAAAAAUACGCCCAACUUUGCCGAUCAGGGAGCACUUGAUGAUGCUAAAAGAAAAUUAAAGAACGUGAGUGCUACCCUGAACUUCCUGGAAGCCAGUUAUUACAAGGUGUCCUGUGCCUUAGCACAGCUCAAUGGGAAACCAAAGCCUGAUCACAGGUUUGCUCCAUACAUUGAACAAGUCAAAGACAAACAGAAUGGCCAUGGCCAUGGUCACAAAUUACAUGGUCAGAACUGCAGUGUGUUGCGGCUGCCAGCCUCGAUAGCAAUGGAGGGAGCACCUGACCUUGACCUCUCCUUACAGGGUCACGGCAGGGGGUCUGCAGACGGGGGCCAUGAUGACAGACAUUCCUAUGGAGACUUUGAUGAUGAUGAAUUUGAUGAUUACAAUACCAAUGCCACAGUGUUAUGCACGUGUCAGGCUAUCUAUGAAUACCAAGCCAACAUGAGUGAUGAGCUUACCAUUAGACCAGGUGACACCAUUAAUGUGUACCACAAACAAGAUGAUGGCUGGUGGCAGGGUGAACUCAAUGGACAAGUGGGCAUUUUUCCAGCCACAUAUGUACAAUAACGCCACUGGUUCUGUGCUCCACAUAAUGCAAAGCACCAUAGGGAAGCAAUUAUGUCAUAAAAAGGUGGAGCUGUUGGCACGGAGAGCUUAUUGGACACUAGAACUAUUACCAGCUCUGUACAGUGAUAACUCCCUGGCAAUGAAAUUCCUGGGUGUGACAGUAUCACGUGGUCCAGAAACAAGAAGUUUUUGGAAGAGAUGUUUCAGCAUCUUUUCAACAAUGAAAUGUUUAAAAGUUGGUAACACUGGCUGCAUGUGUACCAUGGAACUAAAUGUGCCACCUUUGCCCCCAAAAGACUAGUCUAAGGUGGAACAUAUGACCAAAAGAACUCAUGGGUAUGUGAAUGGGCAUAAUCACAAUGUGGGAUCCUCAAGCAAGAUGAUAGACUCUAGCAAUAACAUAUUGGAUUGGAUGCUUGUAACAUAUGCCUUAUUAUAAGGGGCUGGAGACUACCUCUGGCAGCAGUGACUACCUAGCUGAUAACUUUUUUGUGGGACCACAUACUUUAUGUUUUCAGUCCCUUUAUAAUUGGAAAAAAUAAUUGCCGGCACAACUGCAAUUGUGUUGUAUGCUAAACUUUGAAAAUCAGUGAGCCUUUGGACAGGCAGUUGGUAAAGGACAAAACCGUUCUGGAAAACCCUCAGAAACUUUAAAAGGUUUUGUCAUAUAUUAUAAAAUUAACGGUGUGUUUUCUGUAUUGAUUGAGGAAGACUCAGCCUUUGGAAGGACUGUUUUAUAUAUAUAUA